CCCUCAUGAUCAUCAUCUUCGCCUUCCUUCAAUCUGCAAGUCCUCCUUCACACUAUUUUCUUAGUUGGGUAUGAGUUUCAUAAACCACAAAUCACAUUUUCUCCGUUCGACUUUCCCUCGUUAAUUGCCAGAAAAGUCUCAGAAUUGAGGGCACGAUAAUCUGAGAGAGAAACACAACACCGUAGAUUCGAAUGGAUAGGGAUGCCAAUUGUUUGGAGGCAACUAGAUCAUUCAUGUCAUCUGUUUGGAGGGAAGGCAGUCGCGCUAUCAAUCUCAUCGCGAUCUCCCUUCUGUGCAUAGUGGGGAUAGCAAUGGCUUUGCGUGGACAUCGGACCCUACUCAUUAUUUUCGGCAACGUGGUCGGGGUCAUUGGCCUUGCAUUACUUACCAUGUUACUACCUCGUAUUGAGGACGCGGAUAAGUUUCUGACAUUUACUAUGGAAAAGUUUCUGAAUGAUUUAGAAAGACAAGGCCCAACAAAGUUCACAUCAUAUGACAUAAUGAGCGCAACGAACAACUACACCACCAUGUUGGCGUCGGGAGGCUUUGGAUCAGUUUAUAAAGGAACAUUUAUUGAUGGAUCUGUUGCGGCAGUGAAAGUUCUACGUGGUGGCGUUUCUGCCAAGAGAAUGGAGGAGCAAUUCAUGGCUGAAGUUGGCACAAUUGGGAGAGUUCAUCAUAUGAAUCUGGUUCGCCUCAUUGGAUUCUGCGUUGAAAAGGAUACGACAGCUCUAGUUUAUGAGUACAUGAGCAAUGGCUCUCUUGACAAACAUCUGUUUGCUAGUGAAAAGAAUAAGAACUUGGCAUUUGAGAAGCUUCAUGAGAUUGCGGUUGGAACAGCCAGAGGGAUUGCUUACUUGCAUGAAGAAUGCCAAGAGAGGAUCAUCCACUAUGACAUAAAACCUCAAAACAUCCUCUUGGACCAUAAUUUGCAUCCUAAAGUUUCUGAUUUUGGUUUAGCUAAGCUUUGUAGCAGCGAAAAAUCUUAUGUCACAAUGACAGGUCUUAGAGGGACGCCGGGUUAUGCUGCACCAGAACUUUGGAUGCCUUUCCGUGUAACUCACAAAUGCGAUCUUUAUAGUUUUGGAAUGUUGUUGUUUGAAAUCGUAGGAAGAAGAAGAAACCUCGCGGGGAACGUCCCAGAAAGUCAAGAGUGGCUUCCUAUGAGGGGUUGGAAAAAGUUUGAGAGUGAAAAUCUAAGAGAUUUGAUAACAGGUUGUGGUAUUGAAGAUAAAGACGAAGAGAUGGCAGAAAGAAUGGUAAAAAUAGCUCUGUGGUGUGUUCAGUAUAAACCAGAAUUGAGACCUAAGAUGAGUGAUGUGGUGAAAAUGUUGGAAGGCUCCAUGGAUGUUGCAGACCCUUCAAACCCAUUUCAACACUUGAUGGAUGAGGCAGAUCAAGUGGAUAGUAGUAUUGAUGGUGGCUUAUCUACUCUUGAAGGAACUGAAUCUUCCAUUUGUAAUAGUACAAGAAUGAAAAAACAAAGGACGUACCCAGACUGCAGGACCAGAAAAUGUUUUUCUUGCAGAAACAGGGAUUCAAAUAUUGGUUCAUCACGUUACGAAAGACUAGUACCUUUUGCUAAACACUGUGCAAAGAGUUUUUAUCCGAAAAAGGAAAAGAAACGAAGGUGAAAGGAGUUAUUACCGCGGCAAUGGGGUUGUUCGGACAGCUAGAUUUAAUCGGAAUGAACGGCAAAGAUCAUCAUCUUAAUUUCUGCAAAAGAAAACAG